CAUCCCGGGUCACACAUCACUCCGCUCACAAUGGCAGCGUACACGAGCCUCCUCCUGGUGAUUGCCCUCUGUGCCGCCACAGUUUACAGUCUACGAUGUUACACCUGUGAGUCACAAUCUAGCAACUCCAAUUGCCUGACGGAGACUAACUGCACAAGCAGCGCAACGUCCUGUCUGACAACAGUGGCAUCCGGCUCAGCUGGUGGGGUCUCGGCCACCUCCAUCAUUAAAAGGUGUGCAGACUCCUGCACUCCUCUUACCACUACCAUAGCUGGUGUCACCGCCACUGCCACCUGCUGCUCCACCGACCUGUGUAACUACAGCGGCAGCACCAGCAUCAAGUCCAGCUAUGCCGCCAUCAUCCUGGCGCUGGGAUCCAUCCUGACAAUCCUGAAGAGCUCAGUCCUGUAACCUCAGACGUAUAGAAAUAAAGAGAUUGUGA